AUGGCAGCCGUGGCGCAGGCGGGACGCACCUUGAGCUUGUCACCUUGGUGGUGCGAUCCAUGGGCCUGUCGGCGGCGCCAGGCGCCACGACUUUCUCCUUGCCGGGCUACCAAGCGCAAUGACGAAGGCCAGAAGGCGAAGGAUCGUAUCCGUGGGGAUGCGUCGAAAGGAGAGAGCGGCGAUGAGCGGCAACCGGGAAGCCCGGCUGAUCCCGGUCAGGUGGGAUCGGCGGAAGGGGCCGGGGGAGGGGAUGGCGACCGGCCAGGGGGCAGGCCCAGGCGGCGACUGACCGAAGAGCACAAGCGGAAGAUCAGCCUGGCGAUGCGCGGGAAGAAGAAGGCGCGCGGUGAGGAGGCCCGGGUGCUUUCCGCGGAGGCCAGGGCCAAGAUGUCGGCCAAGAGACGGGGCAGGAAGCCCAACCUGGGCGGGCGCCACACGGCAGCGGCCAAGGCGGCCAUCAGCGCGGCUAACACGGGCCUGGUGCGGUCGGAGGAGACGCGUGCCAAGCUGUCGGCAGCCCUGAAGGGCCGGAGGCAUUCGCUGGCCACGCGGGCGAAGAUGUCGGCGUCUCAUGUGGGGGUCAAAUACGACGCGGCCACGCUGGCCAAGAAGAGCGCCAGCCUGCGCGCCUUCCACGCGCGCAACCGCGGGGGAUCGGACGCGCGGCGGGAUCGGCCAAAGCGAGCGCCCAGGCCGCGGGAGCCGCCGGAUGCCUUCGUGCUGGAGCGCGCGCUGCUGGAGGUGGCGUCGCUGAGGCGGGAGGUCAUGGACUGGAUGGCGCUGUGGGCGAUGGACCACGACACCAAGCCCAACUUGGGGGACAUGCUGGAGGCGUCUCCGGAGACGCACGCCAAGUUCAUGAGGUUCCUGGCGCUGAGGGACUUCGUCAGGGAAGGGGACCGGUGA